AUGACGAAUAACCUAAAUCGCGAAGAGGAGCCCCUGUUAGGAAGGGUAGCUCCAACUUCGACCUCGAAGCUCCUUCAAAAACACCUUUCGAACACCAUAGAUACGCAUGGAGGAGAUCUGCUAUUGCUGUUUUGCUAUCUCAUCACAGGGAUAUUGGAUUCCUCGGCUGUUUAUAUGUGGGGGUCGUUUGUCAGCAUGCAAACAGGAAAUACGAUCUACCUGGGAUUGGGAAUAACUGGAGUUGGCCAAAUGGGCCGAUGGGAAAAAUCAGUCGUUUCAAUUGCAAGCUUCUGUCUGGGAAGCCAGGCAUUCGCUGCCUGGCAUCGGUUCUUUCCAGCGCGAAGAAGAUGGGUGAUGUGUAUCUCCUUCACGAUCCAGACGGCCUGCAUCAUCGUCGCGGCUAUCAUUGUGAUUCUCGGUCCAGUUGAAAAUUCCCGGCCAUUUUGGUUGGAAUACGGGCCAUUAGCUAUAGUUGCCUUCCAGAGCGGCGGCCAGGCGGUGAUCAGCAGAGUACUGUCGUUCAACGCCCUGACUAGUGUGGUCCUGACGAGCAUCUACUGUGAUCUUUUUGCAUCUCCAACCCUUCUUUCAGUUCGCGCUUUUAGUCGGAAAGAGCAGCUACAAAGGGCAGGAGCAAUCUUAUGCCUCGUUACUGGCGCCGUAUGCGGAGGCUGUUUGGUUCGUACGUCAACUGGAUUCGUCGGUGCCCUAUGGGUAGCUGCAUUCCUCAAAGGGGUUACCAUUGUCCCAUUGGUAUUUUGGAAGGCAGAAAAAUCAACAAUUGACGAGGUCUGA